AUCAUCAAAGCUGAGGAGGAGAGCCUGCAGCGCUGAGAUGAACAGGAAGGGCACAGCCAUAGCCCUGGCUGUGAUCGUCUGGGCUGCAACCACUCAAGGCUUCGUUAUGUUCAAAGGGGGGCGCUGUCUUUGCAUCGGCCCCGGAGUGAAAGCAGUCAAAAUGGCAGCGAUCGAGAAAGCUUCCGUCAUUUACCCGAGUAACGGCUGUGACAAAGUUGAAGUGAUUGUUACCCUGAAGGCUCAUAAAGGACAAAGGUGCCUGGACCCCAGAUCCAAGCAAGCUCGCCUCAUAAUGCAGACAAUAGAAAAAAAGAAUUUUUUAAAGCGUCAGAACGUGUGACAUCCUGGAAAAAAAAGGGGAGGGGCGGACGAGCAUCCUGGGAGCUUCUGACUUUGAGCUCUUCCAACACGAACUCUGCGCCAGGAACCCAACCCUCUCCUGUCUUGGAAUAUGCAUCCAUAAAAGUUGCAGAACUUUCUAGGAGGUCUGAUACGUCUAAACUGUUCUGCUUGGUUAUGAAAAUAUUUAUCUCUAAGAGUCACGUGUUAUGUGUGUACACUCCGUGUUACCUUCUGUGGUUACAAUGGACGCAUUGUUACUGGAGUCCAGCCCAAUGCUGGAUUCAAAAGUAUUUAUGUGUGUAGGAAAACAUUCCUCAAAGAAUUUUUCAUGCAAAUAAACAUUCCUUUCCCGAAAUAUCACGAGGUGCACGAACAUCUAGGAAGACAUUUCCAUGUAUCAUCUUGUUUGUUCAUUUAAAUAGACUAUCAUUCAUGAGGUGCCCUGAAAACAUUUUCUGCCUUGUAGAAACUAUUAGGAAUACUACUGUUUCCUGAGUUAGUCACACUGGCUUCCCACUGAGGCGUGCU